GAAAUAAUUGCACCCUUCAAAAUCUUCAAACUCUCAAAAUUCUAUAUUUCUCGUCUUUGGCCUGUGAAAUGCAUCUACUAUUGGAAAAAUCGAAAAUCUCAAAAUUAUGUAUUUCACGUCUCCGGCCUGUGAAAUGCAUCUACUAUUGGAAAAAUCGAAAAUCUCAAAAUUCUCGAAAAUCUCAAAAUUAUGUAUUUCACGUCUCCGGCCUGUGAAAUGCGUCUACUAUUGAAAAAAUCGAAAAUCUCAAAAUUAUGUAUUUCACGUCUCCGGCCUGUGAAAUGCGUCUACUAUUGGAAAAAUCGAAAAUCUCAAAAUUAUGUAUUUCACGUCUCCGGCCUGUGAAAUGCGUCUACUAUUGGAAAAAUCGAAAAUCUCAAAAUUAUGUAUUUCACGUCUCCGGCCUGUGAAAUGCGUCUACUAUUGGAAAAAUCGAAAAUCUCAAAAUUAUGUAUUUCACGUCUCCGGCCUGUGAAAUGCGUCUACUAUUGGAAAAAUCGAAAAUCUCAAAAUUCUCAAAAUUAUGAAAGUUAUGUAUUUCACGUCUCCGGCCUGUGAAAUGCCUCUACCAUAUUAAUAAUUGUCACAUUUUGAAAAUUCUCAAAAUUCUCAAAAUUAUGUAUUUCUCGUCUCCGGCCUGUGAAAUGCCUCUACCAUAUUAAUAAUUGUCACAUUUUGAAAAUUCUAAAAAUUAUGUACUUCACGUCUCCGGCCUGCGAAAUGCCUCCUGCCUUUCAAAUUUCGAAAACUUGAAUGAUCUUAUUUCACGAUCCGGGCUCGAAAAAUAAAUUGCACGCUUUCGAAAUUGAUUAAAGUUAUCACAAUAUAAUUAUUUAUUUCCUUUUGCCUUUCGCUUUUCUUUUAUUUAGUUUAGUUUCCAAUUUCCAAUCUGAAAAGAAAACUCAUUGAACUUAUUACAAUCACAAUGCGACGCAUCAAUAUUGAUCGAAAUGGUCAGCGAGAUGUUGCUACAAAUCAAGAUUUGGCAGACAUGUUCAAUGCAAUGUGCUGGUCAAUUAAUCAAAAAGCGCCUGGUCUACUUGUAUUGUCGGAGCGAAUCAACUUUGAAGAGCUCGCUGCAUUUGUUAGCUCUGCUGGCUCAUUGAUUGUUGGGAUCUCGUCAAAUCGCAUUUACCACUUUCGAAUCACUGCAUUUCAAUCCGAUGAGGCAGCAGAUCGCAAUCGAGUAAAUAAUGCAGAGAGAGCUUUGCACGCUUUGAAAAACGCAUUUCAAUUUGCAACCACGAUUACCAUUCACAAUCAGAGCGUUUAUCAAUAUUUCCCAUAUGUUGAUAAUAAAGAAGGGCGUGGCAUCGAUAGCAGCCGGUUCGCUUUGAACUUUAGCGAUAGGAUCGUUCAGGAGAUUCGAUGCGCUUUUAUGAAUGGGGAUUUGCAUUGCUCUGCGUUUGAUAAUAAUGAUCAUGAGGUGGAAGGUGUUAUUAAUUUAAUUAGAGGGAGUCUUGUAUCUGAUAUCAUAGAUUAUUUUGAUGGGACGAAUGUCAUGGAGCGGUUGGCACAAUAUAAUGGAUGUCCAGGCUGCAUGUGCUUCCUGCUUUUGAGAAUGGAAAAUUUCCUUACAAAAGCUUUAAGUCCAACAGGAGCACGUCGACUUUACUGGCUUGCAAUAUCGCCAUGCACUAAACAAGAGUUCUGGGAUCAUAUAAAUGGAAUUAAGCUCUGGUCGCCUGAAGAACCGAAUAGUGAAAAUCUGUUUUAUGAUAUUUUUUCGAUCGAGAUGUAUUUGAAAGCUGUGAAGCCAGAAAGUAAAUGGGUUGAGCUGCCACCCGAGGAUUUUUAUAUUGGAAUUGCUCAUUUAUUUGGGGAGGAUGAGCUUUUUGAGGAGGAUGAGCUUUUUGAGGAGGAUGAGCCUUUUGAGGAGAAUGAGCUUUUUGAUUUUUAAUAAAUUGGUUUGAGUGGGUAGUGUAGGUGUGAAUUAUUCGACUAUUGGAAGGGCGAUAUUCUUAAUGCGAUGGGGCUUUUUGGAAAUGUUAAGCCCGGCUUGAAAUUUAAUUUUGGUUGUGAGAUUAACUUAAUCGUUUGAAUGGCAUUCAAAUUGCUUUGUGCAAAGGGAGUUAAUUGCUUCGGUUUCCUUCAGCUCAUCCAACAUGAGGGUGUGUCA